UGGAUUGUUGAUGAGCUCAGCAAUGGUAGCUUCAAGCAUCAACACAGUCUCAUAUGACUGAUCUCAGCUAAGCAGUCAGAAUGGAGAGGAGAGUAAUCUCAGGUGGUAAUUGUGAUAGCGGAUUUAACACACUGAUUUGCCAGGAGGACAUGACCACUGAGGAGCACCCUUACACCAACUUUAACCAAGACAGGCAACAAGUGUCUACGCCCAGUAUGACAUCUUGGAGACCUACCAGACUGGCUGCGGUGAGCCUGGCGCUACUUGCUGCAGUUCUAUUAAUAGUUGAUAUCAGCCUCGGGGUCCACUACAACAAUCUCAAAGAUACCCACCUCAAACUUGAUGAUACAGAACGCAUCAGCAAUGAGAUGAUCAAACUCCAGGAUAAUUACAAAGCCGCAAUCAAAAACAUGACGGGUUACAAGAAGCAGCUGGACAGUGAGAUGAAUCGUCAGAAACCAACCAACUGGGAGCUUGAACACCAGACAAAAAGAAGCCAAGACUACCAAGUGCAGAUUGUUAAAAUGACUGAGGACAUUGCAUCACUGAGAUCCCACAUACCAAUGAUUAAUGAUGGCUGCAGACACUGUCCACCAGGAUGGAUUUUGAUGAACUCGUUGUGUUACUACUUCUCUUUCUCUGACUAUGCUGGACUCAAAACAUGGCAAAAAGCCAGAGAUUUCUGCCAGAUGCAUGGAGGUGACCUUGCAGUCAUAGACACCAAAGACAAAGAGAACUCAACUGUAAAUCACUUGAGACACAAUGAAGACCCCUCAAAAUAUAUGGGCUUCUGGAUUGGACUGAGAGACGUUCACGAGGAAGGGACUUGGAGAUGGUUGGAUGGAACAAGACUGGUUGAAGGGUACUGGAACGAUGGAGAACCAAAUGAUGUGAACUCUGAGGACUGUGCAAUGGUGUAUCCCAAAGAAAACUUCUUCAAGGCUUGGAACGAUAAUUCAUGUGAAGUGAAACACAAAUGGAUUUGUGAAAAGGCACCAACUUCUAUGAGUUAAUAGUGUGUCUUUACUGCAUGUGCCUCUUUGUGCAAACCUAGCUGUUUGCACAAAGAGUUAUUCCUGUAAUGAAAAACAGAAUAUUUACCAAAUCAGAUCUUUAAUUGUGAAUAUGCAUGUUACUAUUACACACAUCACAUACUAUAAUGUGAAUAAACCAUAUAUUUGAUGUUCAUACAGUGCUUAUAAAUGCUAAACAGGGAAGUUAAAAAGUAUUACCACCAAAUGUAAGGACAAUACCCCAAUGUUACCUCUUUCUUAAAGUAAGUAGGUAAUAUGAUAAUAUAAUAGUAAAAAGCAGUAAUAUAAUAGUUAUACAACGAGCAGCUUUAUCAAUGUUAUUAAAUCAUUAAUGAAUACUUUAUAAAUCUGUAAUAAAUUAAAGGCUGAAUGUUUUUAAUAGGCCAUCAUGUCUGCAGCUGUGAGGUAAGUUGAUUAUUUAAAGACCAAGCAAAUUAUGUGAAAGUGACCACAUGGCUUUUUAUUAAUCUGUAAAGAAUAAAUAAAUGGCCAACUAUUAAUUGAAACCUAAA